CUUCAGGAUUACUAUUGUCAAAUCCCAGCCAGGACAAGGUUGCUCUGAUGGAUGAUUCAUAAAGUUCCAAGGCCUGGAGCACUUGGUCAGUCAUUUGGCUCGGGUAGCGACGGAAGAUUUAGCCAAACAUAUGACGUCGGCCAUGCGACGUGGUCCAAAAUGGUCAAAUCCAGCUGGACAGCAUGGUUCAAGACUCAGCUUUAUCCUCUGUGGUCAUCACCUGCUGUCUCAUGUUUCUAUUUAACAUGACAACGGGGGUUUUCCACGCAAAGAUCUUAUUCUGUGAGAAGGACAAAUCUACGAUCAAAUUGAAAGUUCACAGCCAAAUUAGCCUCGGCCAAUGGCGGAAGCGAACGGGUACGCCAAAGACGCUAAGAACGCUUAGGGACGAUCAACCCAGAUAUCCGCCCCGCGCAAGCUGUCCCGACUCCACCAGAGCUGCAACAGUGUGCAACUUUAUUCUUCUGGCUGACAAGCCUGACAGGCUUUGGUUCCACAGGAUGUUGAUCAUGGGACGACCAAACAGGAUCGCGGACCCCAACACCGCUCGGGACCUUCUUAGCGGGCACUGGCUAACCUUUAUUGGCGGCCCAUGGCUGCUAGGAACUGCCCGUUGCUGGAAAGGUUCAUGCGCAUCGGGUCAGCCAAUGUCUCAUACGUCAAGAGCCGUCAAGUAUUUUCCCUCGAAUCACGGCCCACCGGUGCCUUUCAUUAGACCUUGACGACCUCGCGAACCAGACCUUUCCUAUACGGCUCCGCGGCACCUUCUGGGCCGGGGGCUUCCUGGUCUCGACGUCAGUAUGAACGACUGAGCGAGGGGAAAUCUUCUCGUACCUGGUGGUUGUUGGGUAAUUUAGUCUUCUAUAAGCUUCCAAAAGACAUAAUCGCCGUUGGGAUCUGGAUCUUUCCUGAUUGCCUUGACUGCCUGGUGCAUCGAGGGACAAACAAACUUCCGACUUGAAGGGCAGCUCAGAUCUAUUCAGCCUCUCUUUUAUUGUUUCCCCCAAGUUUGUACCUCAGGCUUGCAUCGCAUCCGCCGCCAUCAAGGCAAAAAUUCUCUCUCUCUCUCUCUCGCUCGCUACGUGCUUUUCCCUCUCCCCUCCUUUCUCCCCUACUCCUCUUCUCGCACCUCUCAACUUCCUCUUUGCCAACUGCCCUCUAAUCAACUUCCAAAUCUCUCCACAACACUGCCCCAUCAAUUGAUCCAGUAUUUCGUUACUCUUGAAACGCCAACAUGGCGACUCAGGGCGAUGCUGAGCGCGACGCCCGCCGUGGCUCUCGCAUCUCGCGGGCUUCUCUCAGAGAGGACUACGCCAAUCUGGAUGAAUACGGCAAGCUUGUCAAGUACGUGUCUACCUACCGAGAAGCGGGUGCAGAGCAAGCCGAGGCCGGCGAGUACGAGGAACGACGUAUUUGGUAUGCGCCAUGGAAGAAGCGCAAGGUCCAUGUUCAACCUAUCGAGGAUCAAGCGGGUCAUUUCCCUGAGGAUUGGCUUAUCACCAAUAUUCGCGAGGGUCUGUCGAGCGAGGUGGUUGACCAGCGCCGCCGACGCUCGGGAUGGAAUGAACUGGUCUCCGAGAAGGAGAACCCCAUUGCUAAGGUCCUGUCUUACUUCCGGGGUCCAAUUCUCUACGUCAUGGAACUCGCUGUUCUGCUAGCUGCUGGACUGCAGGAUUGGGUUGACUUUGGUGUGAUCAUCGGCAUUUUGUGUCUGAACGCCUCCGUGGGUUGGUAUCAAGAAAAGCAGGCCGCCGAUGUCGUUGCAAGUCUCAAGGGUGACAUUGCCAUGCGUGCUAUCGUUAUUCGCGACAACUCUCAACAGGAAAUCCUUGCCCGUGAACUCGUCCCUGGUGAUGUGAUCAUCGUUGGUGAAGGCCAAGUCGUUCCUGCAGAUGCCAAGAUUAUCAGCGAUUACAGCGAUCCCAACGGCUGGGAGGAGUUUAACCAGUUACAACAAGAGGGUAUGCUUGAUGGUGACUCUGAAUCCGAAGAAGAGAAUGAGGAGCACAAAAAGGAGGCCGACCAGGGUCCUAGUGAUGGCCAGGAACAGCCUGCAGAUGGAGGUGAGGAACAGCCACAAACCCAGCGACCCCGCAAGCGUGGCUAUCCUAUUUUGGCUUGCGAUCACUCUGCCAUCACUGGUGAAUCUCUUGCUGUUGACCGUUACAUGGGCGACAUCAUCUUCUACACCACCGGCUGCAAGCGCGGCAAGGCUUAUGCUGUUGUCCAGACUACUGCGAAGACCUCCUUUGUUGGCCGUACAGCCAGUAUGGUGCAGUCUGCUAAGGGCGCUGGCCAUUUUGAGAUUGUGAUGGACAACAUUGGAACAUCGCUGUUGAUUCUUGUCAUGGCUUGGAUCCUGGCUGCUUGGAUUGGUGGAUUUUUCCGCCAUAUUCCCAUUGCCUCCCCCGGUCAGCAGACCUUGCUUCACUACACCUUGUCGCUGUUGAUCAUUGGUGUUCCUGUUGGUCUUCCCGUUGUCACCACUACUACGAUGGCUGUGGGCGCUGCCUACCUUGCCAAGAAGAAGGCUAUUGUGCAGAAGUUGACUGCCAUUGAAUCUCUGGCCGGUGUGGAUAUCCUUUGCUCUGACAAAACAGGCACCUUGACUGCCAACAAACUGAGCAUUCGGGAUCCUUACGUGGCUGAAGGUGUCGACGUUGACUGGAUGUUCGCGGUUGCUGCCCUCGCAUCCUCACAUAACGUCGAAUCCCUGGAUCCCAUUGACAAAGUCACCAUCUUGACCCUUCGUCAAUAUCCCAAGGCCAGAGACAUCCUGCGCCGCGGUUGGAAGACCGAGCGGUUCACCCCCUUCGAUCCGGUGUCCAAGCGAAUCGUGACCGUGGCUACCUGUGAUGGCAUUCGAUACACCUGUACCAAGGGCGCUCCCAAAGCAAUCCUGCAGCUUACCAAGUGCUCAAAGGAAACCGCCGACAUGUACAAGGCCAAGGCCCAGGAAUUCGCCCACCGUGGCUUCCGCUCACUGGGAGUUGCUGUUCAGAAGGAAGGCGAAGAUUGGACUCUACUUGGCAUGCUUCCUAUGUUCGAUCCUCCACGCGAAGACACCGCUCAGACUAUCAGCGAAGCGCAGAACCUUGGUAUCAGUGUCAAGAUGCUCACUGGUGAUGCAAUUGCCAUUGCCAAGGAAACUUGCAAGAUGUUGGCCCUCGGCACCAAGGUCUACAACUCGGACAAGCUGAUUCAUGGUGGACUGAGUGGUGCUAUGGCUAGCGAUCUGGUCGAGAAAGCAGACGGAUUUGCUGAAGUGUUCCCAGAACACAAAUACCAGGUGGUGCAGAUGCUUCAAGAGCGCGGUCAUCUUACUGCCAUGACCGGCGAUGGUGUGAACGACGCCCCGUCUCUCAAGAAGGCUGAUUGCGGUAUCGCGGUGGAAGGAGCCUCGGAAGCCGCCCAAUCCGCCUCGGAUAUUGUGUUCCUGGAGCCCGGUCUCUCGACAAUCAUCGACUCGAUUAAGGUUGCUCGCCAGAUCUUUCACCGUAUGAAGGCGUAUAUUCAAUAUCGUAUCGCACUCUGUCUGCAUCUAGAAAUCUACCUUGUGACCACGAUGAUCAUCCUCAACGAGAGUAUCCGUGUCGAGCUUGUCGUUUUCCUGGCCCUCUUUGCCGAUCUCGCGACUGUCGCUGUGGCCUACGACAACGCGUCAUUUGAACUCCGUCCCGUGGAAUGGCAGCUCCCAAAGAUCUGGUUUAUCUCGGUGCUCCUGGGUGUCCUCCUUGCAAUGGGUACUUGGGUCGUGCGUGGCUCAAUGUUCCUGACAUCGGGUGGUAUCAUUCAAAACUGGGGUUCCAUCCAAGAAGUGAUUUUCCUGGAAGUCGCUCUCACGGAGAACUGGUUGAUUUUCGUGACUCGUGGGAUCGAAACCUGGCCAUCCAUCCAGUUGGUUACUGCUAUUCUGGGCGUGGAUAUUCUGGCCACAAUCUUCUGUUUGUUUGGUUGGUUCUCGAACGAGAACAUGCCCACGAAACCGGUGGAUAAGUUCGUCGAGACCAAAAACGGAUGGACUGAUAUCGUCACUGUGGUUCGAAUCUGGGGCUUUUCUCUUGGCGUGGAGAUCGUGAUUGCUCUCGUCUAUUUCAUUCUGAAUAAGAUCUCCUGGCUUGACAAUCUGGGCCGUGCUAGGCGCAGCAAGGGUGAUAUCAAGAUUGAGAAUUUGCUUGGUCAUCUGGCUCGUCUCACGGUCGAGUACGAGGAGCCUGGCAAGCCCAAGGGUCGUUUCUUCUUGGCUGCCAGUAAGGAGGAGGAAGAGGGAGAGUAAACUACGCCAGGCGGAAUCGGCCAAGUGUGCCUUUGGUUCUGUGGCGAGUGGUUGCCGUGGGGGGAAGCCUGUGACUUGCUUUGGGCAGCAUGGAUGUCUGCUUCUUGGUGACCUACAUCCUGGGAAAUUUCGUUAUGGCUCUGGCUGAUUGUGUCGAGGAGGAAAGAAGAGACGGGUCGUAGCUGGUGCUCUUUUCCAUUCGAAUUCUAAUGUGCCUGUAUUUGGUUUCUGUGUAUGUCCUUUUGGUAAGCUGUCCAGAUACUCAUAAUCGGAUUUCGGAGAUACCUUUUAUUCAAGGUUUCUUUACGUGAUAAAGUGUCAGCGCACUCCUUUGCCAUCCAUCUCUUCUUUCCCCUCCAUCUCUCCUUUUCCUUCCAUCGCCUA